UUGCUCAGCAAUAAUACACCGCGUGGAAUGACUUAAAAUUAUAUUUUUGUAUGAAUACUAAUUUUGUUUAUUCUUUAUAAGAAGACACCAGGAUGUAAGAACGAUUUUUCGUUUUGACAAGAAGUUAACCCGUAAACGGAGCUCGGUUGCUGAGCGACCGGCGAGCCAAUUAAUAACCGUUAAAUCGUUGCCCGAAAUACUACGAGACUCUUGGGAGCUGUAACCACCCAAGAAGCAUUGCACAUAAUAACUAGAUCAGAAGCAGAAAACGAAUACACGUAUAUUGGAUAACAAUUAUUUUACAUAUUAUUUGAGUGAAUUCUUUUAUGUUCAGAGCGUUUGAAAAUUAAUAACGAGCCAUUGUGGAAACACGAAACGCCCAGUGAAAGUCAUCGGAGCGUUACGUUAAUUAUUUAUUGCUUUAUGUUUAUUUGUGUCCAAAUAUUAAUUGUACAUUUACACGCUAAAAAUAACAGUAGACCAGUGAAAGUGCUCGAAAACAUUAUGAACGUUUAUCAUGUCGUUUUGAAGGCACAGGGACUCUACCGGAAGUAGACCCUCGCUGCUCAGCGACCGGCGUCUCAUCGCAGUUGGUUAGCUCCCUCGCUUUCUCGGCGAGUUAGCGCUUAGAAAUUGAAACGAUCAUGGUUUAAAAGGGUGAUUAAAUGCCGUCCAAGGGAAAAGGGCCCCUGCAGCAGGUCCACAGAGAGGUGGACGACAUGAGGGUGCAGCUGGAGAGACUGUUGAAAGAUGUUAAGGGUGAAGUGGAAACCAAAGAAGAGUCCUUUAGGAGAUGCCAAGAACUUCAGAUUUCUGCAGAGAAAACACUGAAGAAUCUGACAAAACUGACCAAGGCCGAUGAGAUUGCUCCUGUGGGCAACUACGACCAGAGGAAACUAGAGGAGCAAGGACGAUUGCGCAACGUCCUGGAGCAGCUGAACAAAGUUUCCGUGCGGCUCUCACCACCGGGACCCAGCACGGAGCCACCAUCAGGUGAUGCCCAGAAGGAAGAUGUCGAGGAUGGAGCUGAAGACAGUGAUGAGGACGACAGCGAUGAAGACACCGCCGAUAAUGUCGACAGCCCCAAAGACGAGAGUCAAGCAUCUACUGCACCGCUGCAAUCGGAGCCUUGUAUCUACACGGUGCUCAGUGAUUUCAAAGGCGACCAGGAAGGAGAUUUGACUGUUCAGCGGGGCGACACGUUGAAAAUCAUCAAGAAGACGAGCGACGGCUGGUGGCUGGCUGAGAAUGCCAAAGGCGACAAAGGAGUGGUGCCAAGAACAUACCUGAAGAUUGGUUCCGUCCUCAGCGACGAACACAAGGAUGAAGAAGAUGAAGAGUCCGACGAGGCUGAAGAGGAGCAGGAGGAUUCCGACGAGCAGGAGAACGAAGAAGGAGAGAAUCAGAGGUUAGAUUUGGAAUUUCUUUUUCUCAAACGGCCUUUUAUUCAUUCAUUGAAAACCGACUUAUUCUUCCACAGUUACACUCCUCCUCCCAACUGGUCUACUUUCAGAAAAGCUCUCACUGAGAUUGACGCGACGGACGUCCUCUCUGCAAUGGGCGCCAUCCCUUCCGGGUUCAGACCGUCCACUCUCAGUAAACUGCUCGUGGACGAAGGCCCCAAAUACAGAGGAAGCCAUUUCAUGCAGCCGGAGCUCAGCCAAUCACAACUCUCCUUCAGCGACCUCUUCUUGGAUCCCGACAAUGGCAGGGUGCGGCCACGACACCCUCGGACGUGCGUUUGUUUCACCCUGUGGAGCUGCAAGAGAAUCCCCACGCCCGGGGUCGGCGUCCAGGUCCUAAGCAGACACAUUCGCCUCUGCGCAUUUGAUGGGACUCGGGUGCUGAGUAACAUUCACACGGUGAGGGCUAGCUACAACCCCAAGAACCCCAGGACCUGGUUCUUCUCCCCGCGGACAACUGGCGUCUUGCCUGUCCUGCUGGACGGAGACUGCUUCCUGCGCUGCAACGCCGACAGCCCCGACCUCGGUAUCCUCUUUGAGCUCGGCGUCACCUUCAUCCGCAACUCCACAGGCGAGCGGGGUGACCUGAGCUGCGGUUGGGCUUUCCUCAAACUGAGUGACGCCGCUGGAAAUCAGCUCCCAAACAGGACAUACGAGAUCUCGGUGAGCGGCGGCACUCCUUAUGAGAAGGACGUCGACAUGGAGGGGUCGCCCGCUCGAUCAUCUGGGGCUGGCGUAUUCCAGCAUAUGCUCAAAGCGCGGCGACUGUCCAAACUCAUCGUCAAGUUCAAGACGCCCAACAGUCGCAUCAAGAGACAACUCAGCCUCCUCCCUGACACCCUACUCCACUGUCUGAGCUGCGUCCCCUUGUUGGCCAUGUACAGACAGCUGCUGGCUGAUACGCUGCUGGUGAACCGGCCCACCAUGCAGAACGCAGAUUUGAUAUUCAGUCCCGUGCUUGCCAUCUUCCCGAUCCUCAUGGACCAGCCUGACCUGCUGGAUGCCCUCAGGACUGCCUGGAUGGAUGCAGAAAACAACAUGAAAAGGUCACAGAAGCGAGAUGAGGCGCAGGUGAAACAGGAGUUCGCCAAGGCGUUCCAGUGGUCGGCUUCCUUCCUGCUGCACUCGUCUUCUUUCCCGCCUUACCGUUGGGCCGAUCCCACCUCGGACGAGCAGCGGUCCCGCCUCAUCGUAUCCACGCGGGAGGCACUCAAACGAGCCCGCGGCCAAUCAGGAAGCUUAGAGAUGCUGGCCAACCCAACCCACACUCACCUGGCCUUUGACAUCACCGAGAUGACUUUUGACCUCCUGCGAGUGGCGCACUAGAACAAAAGCGAAUGCCACAAAUCCCAAACCUUUAUUUAUGGACCUGUUGAAAUGUUUUUUUUUUUUUUUUUAAGCUCAUAAUAUUUUUCUAAUGUUUUUAUUCCAAUGUAAACUGUGUGAUACCAGGAAAAUAUUUUUUUACUCCAAAA